UCAAAAUCUUAUAACAAUUCUUUUCUUGUUUUUCUUUUUCUUUUUGCCCCAAUCAAAAAUCUUAUAGCAAUUCUUUCUUGUCGGUUUUUUUUCUUUUUGCACCAAUCCCUUGGCAAUUCUAAACUGAAGAUUGCGUUCCACAACAUGCGGUGGUGUCUACUAUUAUGGUUGCUCUUCUGGAGUAUGGCUUGUUUUGGACUAUCAGCAGCACAACUGCAUUUGCACCCUGACGAACAACGGACUCUCCAAACAAUUGAAGCGACAAUAAAAGCACCUCAAAAACUAAGCUUUAAUUGCGACUACUCGCCCCCUACAAAUAGUUCCUGUCAAACUUACAACGGCUUUCAAUACAUCACAGAGUUACGUGUGAAAGAUUUGAAUCUCACUGGCAUGCUUCCACUUGAACUUGUUAAUCUUCCUUACCUUGAAACAAUUGAGUUCACUCGUACCUAUCUUCAAGGUCAACUUCCACCAAUAUGGGGUACCAUGAAGAACUUGAAGACCAUUUCUCUCACUGCAAAUCGCUUAACGGGAAAUAUUCCGAAAGAGUGGGGAAAUUUAUCGAGUCUUACGUACUUAAGUCUUGAAGCCAAUAAUCUUUCUGGUAAUAUUCCUGAGGAUCUUGGGAAAUUGGUCAACCUAACUAACCUGUUCUUGUCCUCUAAUAAGUUUGUGGGAAGGUUGCCGAAUACAUUAAUGAACCUGAGAAAUUUGAAGCAACUUAAGAUAAGUGAUAAUAGUUUUGAAGGCCCUAUACCAGAAUUCAUUCAGAACCUCACUCAACUCCAGAAACUGGAAUUAUAUGCAUCUGGACUAGAAGGACCUAUCCCUACUGCCAUUUUUCAAAAUUUAGAGAACUUGAAUGAUCUGAGGAUCACUGAUAUGGCAGGAGAACAGUCUGACUUUCCUACCCUAAACAUCCAAACCUUUGGCAAAAACAACAAAUUGAUCUUGAGAAAUGUGAGUUUAUAUGGACCUCUCCAACCUAAAAUUUUGGGUAUUAUUAAUGCAGAAAUGGAGAUGUUGGACCUGAGCUUUAAUAACUUGGAAGGAGAGUUACCUGGUGAUAAUAUAGGUGGAAUAAAACAUAUAUUUUUAGGAGGCAACAAGCUUAAUGGAAGUGUCCCUAAUAGGUUCAGCUUCAAUGAUAAGAAUGACAAUAUUGAUCUAUCUUACAAUAACUUUAAUUGGUCAGCUGAUACCUGCACAGGAGACAAGCUUGCUCAUGUAAACACAUAUCGAAGUUCUUACUUGAAGAACAAUGCUGUUUAG